AUGCAGUCGUGUUGAGCACAUCACACAUUAAGGGCUCUUUAAAGGCCUGGAUUGAUUGGAAGGACAAAAAUUAAAAGCAAUCUGAUCCAGCCCCAUGCCGGAUCCCUUCGGAUUUCCUCCUUAUCCCAUUUCCAUCCACUGUCACAAUUUGAGAGUCUGCCCGAUUUGAUCAGCUUCACCUCCAGGGGAGGUUGUAAUGCCAAGGUUAGGAGGACGCCAAGUUACAGGCAACUUUUUGAUCUGCUCAUCAGCAGCCUGAGAAACGCUGGCUCUGGAUUUUCCAUAUCGGCCAUUUGGAGAACACAAGCUCCCACCAUUGGCAAACCUGCAGUAUUCAAGUCUAUGGUACAUCCCAGCCACCGCUGCCUGGUAGAUGUGGCAUUUCCAUGCUGAAGCCCCGAGUCCCCCCUGACCCCACCACCACCUCUCCAGUGCCCCUUUGGGCCCCACCCAUCCCGACUGCGCAGCCAUGCUGCACCUGCUGGUCCUCUUCCUGCACUGCCUUCCGAUGGCCUCUGGGGACUAUGACAUCUGCAAAUCCUGGGUGACCACAGAUGAGGGCCCCACCUGGGAGUUCUAUGCUUGCCAGCCCAAAGUGAUGCGCCUGAAGGAUUAUGUCAAGGUGAAAGUGGAGCCCUCGGGCAUCACGUGCGGAGACCCCCCUGAAAGGUUCUGCUCCCAUGAAAACCCUUACCUGUGCAGUAACGAGUGUGAUGCCUCCAACCCCGACCUGGCCCACCCACCCAGGCUUAUGUUUGACAGGGAAGACGAGGGACUGGCCACCUACUGGCAAAGCGUCACGUGGAGUCGCUACCCCAGUCCCCUGGAGGCCAACAUCACCCUCUCAUGGAACAAGAGCGUGGAGCUGACGGAUGACGUGGUGGUGACUUUCGAGUAUGGCCGGCCCACGGUCAUGGUCCUGGAGAAGUCCCUGGACAAUGGCCGCACCUGGCAGCCCUAUCAGUUCUAUGCGGAGGACUGCAUGGAGGCUUUCGGCAUGUCCGCCCGCCGGGCCCGAGACAUGUCACCGUCUAGCGCCCACCGGGUGCUCUGCACGGAGGAGUACUCACGCUGGGCGGGGUCCAAGAAGGAGAAGCAUGUGCGCUUCGAGGUAAGGGACCGCUUCGCCAUCUUUGCCGGCCCUGACCUGCGCAACAUGGACAACCUGUACACGAGGCUGGAGAGCGCCAAGGGCCUCAAGGAGUUCUUCACCUUCACCGACCUGCGCAUGCGGCUGCUUCGCCCUGCGCUGGGCGGCACGUACGUGCAGCGGGAGAACCUCUACAAGUAUUUCUACGCCAUCUCCAAUAUAGAAGUCAUCGGCAGGUGCAAGUGCAACCUGCACGCCAACCUGUGCACGGUGCGCGAGGGCAGCCUGCAGUGCGAGUGUGAACACAACACCACAGGCCCCGACUGUGGCAAGUGCAAGAAGAACUUCCGUACCCGGGCCUGGCGAGCUGGCUCCUACCUGCCGCUGCCCCACGGCUCUCCCAACGCCUGUGCUGCUGCGGGCUCCGCCUUUGGCAGGCAGACCAAGCCACCUUCUGUCACCCCCCUUGGGGACAGCUCCCUCUGGCCCCAAGUGUCCACCAGUACAGAAGCUGUGGCUCUCUCGGCUGCUGUCCCCUCUCAAGCCAAGGGCUCCACACUUUUCCAGCUCAAGCCCAGAUCUUCUCAAGUGAUACCCAUUGAAGAAUUUCAAGACUGUGAGUGCUACGGCCACUCCAACCGCUGCAGCUACAUCGACUUCCUGAACGUGGUGACGUGCGUCAGCUGCAAACACAACACCAGGGGUCAGCACUGCCAGCACUGCCGUCUAGGCUACUACAGGAACGGCUCUGCCGAGCUGGACGAUGAGAAUGUCUGCAUUGAAUGUAACUGUAACCAGAUCGGCUCUGUGCACGACCGUUGCAACGAGACAGGCUUCUGUGAGUGCCGAGAGGGCGCGGUGGGGCCCAAGUGCGACGAUUGCCUUCCCACGCACUACUGGCGCCAGGGAUGCUACCCCAACGUGUGCGACGACGACCAGCUGCUCUGCCUGAACGGCGGCACCUGCCUGCAGAACCAGCGCUGCACCUGCCCGCCCGGCUACACCGGCGUGCGCUGCGAGCAGCCCCGCUGCGACCUCGCUGAUGACGGUGGCCCGGACUGUGACCGCGCGCCAGGCACCGCCCCGCGCCCCGACACCCUGCUCGGAUGCCUGCUGCUGCUCGGGCUAGCCGUCCGCCUGGGCUGCUGAGUCCGCUCUAGGGGUCCGGGGGUCCCGGGCCCGGCGGCGACACGGGUGCGGCCGAGCUCCUCCCAGGUGCUACUCGCAGAGUCCUCCCGCCCUCCCUGCUCCGCCCGCGCUCACCAGCCCCGCCCGGCACUGUCCUCGCCGCCCACAGGGGGCGCUGUGGAGCCCUGGCCCGGCGGACUGAGAUUUUUCAGUUUUUUUUUUCUUUUUUAUGACCCAACGUCCCUAUCAUUUUUUCCUUUUUCCCUUGUUUCUUUCUUUUCUUUCUUCUUCGUCUUCCUCUUCCUCUUCUUUCCUUCCU